AUGUUAGGCAGGUACUCAAAAGGCUUACGGAUCUGGUGCCAUUGUAUUGGCGUUUGGUUUAGUACAUUUAGCGCAACUGAAGUGCUUGGCGUGAAGUUUGUUGAUUCGUCCGACCGUACUGAUGGUAAAGACUCCGAGAAGCCAGGUCGGUCUGGAUCGUUUACGAAGAGAUCUUGUGCGAUAGCCCUUGCUAACUUCCGGCGCGUGGAUGCCGCGAUCACCGCGGUGUUAGAUGCUGCGUUAGAAGAGCAGAGAGACGAGCAAAGCAGAAGCCCAUCCUUCAAUGCGCCGGCAGACAAUUAUAGCACAACAGACAAACCAAUGAUAACCCAACUCAAACAUCCCGGUCAUUUUGGUCAAUCCAAGACCACCCCCAAUCCAGCUCUAAUCGCCCGACUAGAGGAGCUACUAGUCAUUUCCAGCGCAGCCGACCACACCUGGACAGAAUAUUCCUAUGCGGACGGCCAAUCGGAAUGGGUUCUUGAGCUAAACACUGAGGCUAUCUUGCCAGUCAUAUCGAGUAACUACAACAACUACCAUGUCAUUGGUGUAUGGGAGCGUUGGGGAGAGAAAGACUACGACCAGUGUGUUGAAGACUUGCGCUCGUUGCGGGUCAUCAAAAGCGCCAUCCCUGUGCGGAUUUUAGGCCUCAAGAUGGAGUACGCGCAGAAAGCUGGCCGGUUACUGCUUCUUCUCAUGCGAGUGCUGGACGUACCAAGGCUCAGCAUCGACUGGCUCGACCCAACUGAGGAGGGUGACGCGCUUGAUCUAGAGGACAUGCGAGCAUGGGUAGCAAACAUACCGCCGCACAUAAAACGGCGACCAACCACAUUCCACAUGUUCAAAGCUGGCCGCGGUCGGCGAUGGGAUCCGUUCUUUGCGCUGGUCAACGAAAGCUAUACCACGCAAAAGAAGCGAUUAGCAGGCCAUAAAUAA